UUUCACUUUCAGAGAACGUGUCUGGUCCAUAAGAUGAGUGGUUUCAGUAAAUGCAAACACCUUCGGAGAUUAGCGUCUGCUGUGCCAGGCUUUACAGCUAGAUAUUUAAGAUUCAAAGCUGUACAACUAGAAUUUAAUGACAAAAGAGAACUGGAUGUAUCCCAUGCACACUGCAUUUAUUGUGGUAGUGAAUUUAGUCCAACCAACAGCAGAGUGAGACUACGACCAAAGUUAGGUCUGAAUAAAAACUUAAAGAGACUGUUGGAAAGGCACAAUACAAAUCCAGUGUCCAUUGGAAAAUAUCAGAAAAAUUUGGUCAGAAAGUAUCUCAGUAGUAAAAACAUGUUGAUAAAGACAUGUUUGCAAUGUAGCAAAACCACUAAAUUUCCUGCGCAGACAAGAAAAAUGCAUAUGAAGCGAAUCAGAUCAUCAAAACCAGCUCCUGAGGAAAGAAUAUCCGAACAUGAAACAAUACCUGAAGAUAAAAAGUUAACUAAGAAACAGAAGAAAAGGUUAAAAAGGAAACAGCUUCAAAAUCUAAUUUUGGGAGACAAAGAUAGUAUCAGUUUGAGUGCAACAUCCACAAAGGAAGCUGGCAUGGAAAGCAGAAAUUUGAAUGAGUCUACCACAGUAAAAACUAAAAACUCCACAAAAUUUGUCACAAGCAAUAAAAAGAAACUGCAGCAAUCCGGGAAACCCAUUCCAAAACUCAUGGGUAAAAAUCGCCACCAGCAGCUGAGUAAAAUGCUCUCUAAAGAGAAAACAGAAAACAAACCAGCUUCAUUAACCAUGUUCUUAUCAAGUUUGUAAAUAUCAAAUCAUGUACUAUGUCAUGUCAGAUAUUAAUUCUGAAAUUAAAUCUUGAAAACCAG